CACUCCUUUUUUUAUGAAUACGUAAAGUUUUUUGACUUUAUGUAAUAUAGUGGAAAAUUGUAGAAACAAUGCUUAAGUUUAUAUCCAUUCUAAGAAACUUUGGCACUGCAAGCAAGCAGAUACCUACAAGAAUAACUGCCGAGGGAAAAGAGGUGCCUAAGAAGAAAGUUUUCGAGGAAAGAAUAACUUUAAUAGGUCCAGAUGACUCUCUUACUAUUACCGACUUAAAAAAUGCUCAAAAUCUGUCCUCAAGACGAGACUUGAAGUUAGUUAAAAUAGAAGAUGCGGACUCUAAAUCUAGAAGGCCUGUGUACAAGUUGAUGACAAAUGCCCAGUAUCACGAGGAAGAGCUUCAAAGACGCAAACAAAAGCAAUCAAGUAGAGACAAUGUUAUUAAAGGAGACAAGCUGCUAACCUUAUCUACAAAAAUAGCUCAACAUGAUUUGAUGACUAGGGUAAAGAAAAUAGAAAAAUUAGUUGGUAAAAGCUAUGAAGUCCGAGUUGUCAUAAAUGCUGACGACCCGGAAGGAGAAGCAAAAUUGGAGGAUGUUUACACUACAAUGGAAAGAAACCUGAAAUCUAUUGGUAGAAUAGUACAAAAAAGGAACAAAGGAAAUAGUAUUCGAUUUCAAGUUCUACCUCCAAAAGAAGACAAACAAGGUAGUUCUAGUUCCAACCAAGAUAGUAAUGGAAAAGGCCCACUAUGACUAGGUCUGGUUUUACUAACUAUUAUUGUUGUAAAGUACUAUGUUUUUUCUAAAUACUAUGC